AUGCCAACACAAACAUUUAUAGUCCUAUCAAGUAAAAAUUAUCCUAUACCUAAUAAUGAUGUGGUAUUACAGGCUUGUGGAGAUUUUAUUCAAGAGACAAGUACAGGGGCAGAAGGAUCCCUACCAGCAACAUAUGGCCUUCCAUUUGAUGAAUGGCCCAGAAAAAUUAGAAAACAAAUAUUGGAAGCAUUUAAUAACUCUGUGUUUUAA